UGAAAUGUCUAUACAAAUGAAUAUUUGAUCUUUUUUAUGCAAAUAGUGUGGUGAGUGAGCGCGAUGACGUCACCGACGCGCUGUCUCGACAUUCCUCCGGACGAUGCGCCCGCGCACGCGUCCCUCCUUCCCCUCUCACGCCUCACCUCCAGCCCCUCCACACUCCCGCGACUACAGUUAGCGGCAUAGACCCCAAACGGUACACUCGCGGACGUCUUCGACUAAUUGUUUUACAUUCAACUUUUUAUUAUUAAAUUUCAGUGCAAACGAUAGUGUUCUUUUAUCAUUACACUAUGUGAUUCGGUUCUGGUGUUCACAGUUUAAGUGGAUGAUCUCAUAUCAUUAGUUAAAUGCUAUCUUAGACACUAGUAGUAGUUAAAUCGAUGGAUCAGCUUAAUAUAUGUUUUGGCGAAACUCUACCAGUGGUCUAAAACAAAUUAAUUUCAACGAUCAGUUUUCCCCAGAAAUGACGAAUGACACAGCUGACAGUCCAGAACACCAAGCUCCAGGUGUGGUGGAGCUACGAGAGGAUGUGCCCCUGAAGGCUGGUGUUGAAGGGAGCGGUGGUGUAUGGGGUGGUGGCAGCUGUGUACGUGGUCCAAAGCUCAUUGUAGCUGCUUUUGCUGCUCUAUCUGCUGCAAUUACUCUCGCGCUUCUCACACAAAUAUACUACGGAGACUAUGAGAUAGUGCCACACGGUGCUACCUCUUCAUCGGUAGCAGCCUGUUCACGGGCUGGCACAGACGCCUUGAAGGAUGGAGGCUUCGCGCUAGAUGCUGCAGUAGCUGCUGCACUCUGUCUUGCUGUUACUGCGCCACAUCGUACUUCCAUGGAUGCGAGUGGAUCAAUGCUGUACUGGGAGUACCGACAGUCGCGUACUCAACAGCCUUCGCUGAUAGAGUGGGGUGGAUCUGCAACUCAAUCAGAUGCCCAUCGACCUCCUCGGCUAGUAGCAGCGUUGGCGGCCCUCCAUGCACAACUCGGGGUACUACCAUGGUCACGUCUUGUUCAACCAGCAAUCGAGCUCGCCAGAGAGGGUUUUCCAGUGUCAGAAGGUUUGGCAGCAGUAGAAGGAGCAGCUGGAAUGAAAGUAAUGGUUCCAGGAGCGAUGCGAUCUGCACCUGCUCUUGCAGACUUUCUCGAAACACUAAAGAAGAAUACUAGUGCUGAAUUAUCGGCGGCGUGGAAUAGCGCUUCACUAUUACGAAAAAAUCUACCACGAGCGACAACUAGAAGUGGAGUACGAGUAUGGGCUGGAGGACCCGGUGCUGGUGUUGCUCUUGAAGCGAUAGAAACAGCGCUGCAAACGACGCUCUCAGACCCAGACCAAAUUACUCUCAAAGUGGUGAAUUCUUUGCAGCAAGCGGCAGCUGCAGAAGGGAGCGAUUGGCCGCCAGCCGGCGUAGCGUCGGGAUUAGCUGUCAUUGAUCGCCGUGACAACUACCUCGCACUUGUCACGGGAUUAUCAAUGCCUUUCGGGAACGGAGCAUUAACAGGUGAAGGUUGGGCUUACGAUGAACCGACAGCGCCGCUGGAUCUUGCACCCGCAUUUCUCACAGAUGACCUUGUCUGUGGUACGAGGUACGUCAUAGGUGCUGAAUCCUCAGCGGCACUAGCGCAAGCAGCCGUAAUCCUCGCAACUGGUGGAGGAGCUGGUGGUGUUGAACAUGGGAGGCUACAGAUCGUCAGAGGAGGGGCUUUAGGCCUCGAAGCCACUCGUCCUGAACCGCUUUUUGGAUCUCCAGCACCGACCAUCAACGCAUCGUUACCUUAUGCCGCUGUGAAUGUUGUACAACAACGCGGCGAUUCAUUGCUCUCGCACGCUGACAGCCGUGGAGGUGGCCUUGCAUCGCGCUUUUAAAAUAGUCCACGGGACGGAUAUAUUAUCCCGUUUUGACUCAAGAGUGCAUGCAUCCUAAGAAAUAUUAUUAAUAAAUUUACGCUUUAGUACCCAUCUUACAAUUUAUUUAUGUCAAUGCAUUUAUUAAUUGAUAAAUAGAUGGGUCACUCAAUUUACUUACUAAGCCGAGUGACAUCUCAAGGUUUUAUUAAUAUGUAUAAAAGGUCAUAGUAUGUUUUCAGUACAGCAUAGCUUGUCUACUAGGUACACAGAAAUCAUUUUAUUAUAUUACCUAAUCUAUGCACUAUAAUUUAAGCGCUAAAAGCUUGCGGUAAGACUCACUUUAAUCUCCCAAGCACACACCCGUCCAAAAAUCUAAGAUCUCACUGUUAAUUAAGUACACUAUGUAACGAAUAAAUUAUUUAUUUUUACAUUUUAUUUAUUGUUAUUUUCUUGCAUUAAAAAGAAUUACUUU